UGCAGGACAAGGUCUCUUCUAUGGACAUUGAACACCCAGCUACCUAUGCCUAUUGCCUGUGAUGGAAGAGCUUGAUGUUAAUGUGAGUUCAAGUGAGGGCUUCGGCGUAGCAGAGAAGAUCGUGCUGCUCACCUUCAUCUCUGCAGUUAUCCUGAUGGCCAUCCUGGGGAACCUGUUGGUGAUGGUGGCUGUGUGCCGGGACAGGCAGCUCAGGAAAAUCAAGACCAAUUAUUUCAUCGUUUCUCUCGCCUUUGCGGACCUGCUGGUGUCAGUACUGGUGAUGCCAUUUGGAGCCAUUGAGUUGGUCCAGGACAACUGGAUCUACGGGGAAAUGUUCUGCCUUGUCCGAACAUCCCUUGAUGUCUUGCUCACCACAGCAUCGAUCCUGCACCUGUGCUGCAUAUCACUAGACAGGUACUAUGCUAUCUGUUGCCAGCCACUGGUGUACAGGAACAAGAUGACUCCACUGCGUAUUGCUGUAAUGCUUGGAGGCUGCUGGGUAAUCCCGACAUUUAUUUCUUUCCUCCCUAUCAUGCAAGGCUGGAAUAGCAUUGGCAUCAUUGAUUUGAUUCAGCAAAGGCAGUUCAACAAGGCUUCCAACUCCACGUACUGCAUAUUCAUGGUCAACAAGCCAUACGCCAUUACCUGCUCUGUGGUGGCCUUUUACUUUCCCUUCCUGCUGAUGGUGCUGGCCUACUAUCGCAUCUACGUCACUGCCCGGGAGCACGCCCGGCAGAUCCGGGUGCUGCAGCGCGCAGGGACCCCUGCUGACAGCCGGCACCAGCCUGACCAGCACAGCACGCAUCGCAUGAAGACCGAGACCAAAGCUGCCAAGACCCUGUGCAUCAUCAUGGGGUGCUUCUGCCUGUGCUGGGCCCCCUUCUUUGUCACAAACAUAGUAGACCCUUUCAUAAACUAUACGGUGCCGGGGAAGUUGUGGACAGCUUUCCUGUGGCUGGGCUACAUCAAUUCAGGGUUGAACCCCUUCCUCUAUGCCUUCCUGAACAAGUCUUUCAGACGUGCCUUCCUCAUCAUCCUGUGCUGUGGUGAUGAGCGAUACCGAAGGCCUUCCAUCCUGGGGCAGACAGUCCCCUGUUCCACCACCACAAUAAAUGGAUCAACUCAUGUGCUAAGGUGAGUGUUUGUUCCUCAGCUGCUGCAAAAUACCUUGAGUCACUGGAAAGAGGGUUUCUCGUGAGUUUUCUUAAAGGAUCAUUUUUGCAUUGCAUUUGAAAUAGCUGAUGAAUUAACUAUUCAAAAAGGAGGGAGCAGGAGAAGUGCACAGAAAUCCUUAGGGUGCUCCAAUGACCAGUGGUUUGUACGUACCCAGAUGCGUACUGGAGUGCACAGUUUCUCCAGAGGCGUGUUCAGGAAACAGUUGGGAGGAGGCAGUAGUUGUGCGUGCAUGCUGGAAGUCCUAUUGCUUUUUCUGAGAAGAGCAGUUUGACUGCAGGGGAAGCACCUUGCAGGAGGCUGCCUUCCCUUUGCUCUGUUUGCCUCUUCUCCUCCGAUUCUGCUUUUGUAGACCCGCUGGCCAGUGCUACUGCUCCUGAAGUGAUGAAAGGCAAAGGAUGGCACUGUGGGAUCCCAGGGAAUGUGAAUCCCCCACACCUCACACAUCCAUCCUUUGUGUCACACCACAGUGCUUUUUGCAAGAGGACUGGGUGUGGUUGGGAUGGCAGCAGGCUCAGUGCUGGGACACAUCCUGUGCUCCCUUCUCCUCACUGAGCAGCGGAGGCAGAGCACUGGGGAAGACAGGGAGGAGCAGUUAUCUCCAUAAUAUCAGAAUGAGCUGUAUUCUCUGAAAGAAAAUCCGCAGGUGUUUCUGUGCAAUUGCCUGAGAGCUGUUUGGUUCUGGCGGUAGAUGAAUUCAUGGCUCCAUACUUGCAGAUAAGGGCUCAGUAGCAGAGUUUGUGUUCAGAGCUGAACCCGUUUGGAGAAAAAAUCAUACUUCCAGCUGUGCCUGAUCUGUUGGUUUGUUUCUGA